AUGGCGCUCCUCAUCACUCUUGACUUGUUCACCAGUGCGUUUGUCGUCGUCAUCGUCCAAUUCCUCGAUGUCAAUCAGCCCUACCAGAGCAUGUCAAUCGCUGUCACCUUCAAGUUCGCCAUAGCUUCCAGCAUCAACAUCGACAGCAACAUCAACAUAACCAACAUCAACUUCAGCAACAACCUCAACAACAACAUCAACAACAACAACAAUUACAUUAACAACAACAUCAUCGUAAUGAUUAACAUCAACAUCAACAACAUUAACAAAAACAUUAACAACAAAAUAAACAACAACAUUAACAACAACACCAACAUCGACCUCAACAAGAACAUCAUCAACAACAAGAACAUCAACAACAGCUGCACUCCAAACAAAGAAAAAAUUGAAGUCCCAAUGUUGUCGUUGUUGUCUUGCAAACUGAUCUGCAGUUGUUGA